AUGUUGUUAAUCACAGAGUACACAGAUCAGGUAUUGGCGGAGCCUACUGAGUUGACACCGCAAGGGCUUUAUGAUGCUUUCAUGGCUAUUGAGCAGAUGAGCUCUUCUUCAGGAUCUAACUCGCCAGAGAAUAUUAAAUUGGCGGGAGAAUUUUUUAGGGCAUUAACUGCUAAAGGCCUUGAUAUGAAGGCGGAUUACAUAACGGCAGCUUUGGAGGCUCUACGUCAAUAUUCGGACGUGGUUGCUGACGAAGAGCUUGGUCCGGUAGACGAUGAUGAAGUGAUAGUCGAUAUUGUAGGUACUGGUGGAGAUGGGCAGAAUACGUUCAAUGUGUCAACGUCUUCUGCAAUUAUUGUUGGUGGUAUUCCUGGGUUGAAGGUCUGUAAGUUUGGAGGGUUGUCAUGUACAUCGAAUAGUGGUGCAGGAGAUUUGCUGUAUUCAUUAGGCUGUCGUGGCCAGAAAUUGAACAGUAAAACAGUGGGCAGGAUUUGGAAGAAUAAUACUUUUCUGUUUUUGUUGGCACCAAACUUCUCUCGCGCUGGGUUUCUCGUACCUAUAAGGAAGCAGCUGAAGGUUCCUACGGUGUGCAAUGUUUUGGGUCCGCUGCUGAAUCCUGUGAAGCGUGUGAACAAGCGUAUCUUGGGCGUUUACUCAAAAGUGCUGGGACCGCAAUACAUAAAGGUGGCCUCUAAGGUGUAUCCAAAUUCAGAGAUAUUUGUAGUGUGGGGCCAUGUGGGGAUUGACGAGGUAUCUCCAAUAGGUAAAACCACUGUCUGGCAUGCACGUCCAAAUUCCGAUGAAGUGAAUUCUUUCGAACUCGAGCCUUCGAUGUUUGGUCUUGAAGAACAUGAUCUGUCAGAGUGUAAGUCUCAUGGCCCUGAUUCGAAUGCAAUCCUUCUUAAGGAAAUCCUUAAAUCCAAAUAUAGCAAGGGUCACCCGAUUUAUGAUUACUUGCUCCUGAACACAGCUGUGGCCUACUGCUUGUGUAAAGGAACAAAGAACUGGAAAGAAGGUACGCAGGCUGCUGAAGAGAGCAUCAGAUCUGGAAGAGCUUUGCGGGCCAUGGAAAUGUUUCUUGCAGAUGUAGAACAAUUAUAG